CCCUAAGUGGUGUACCGGCUUUUCUAUUUACAUUUUGGUUUAAAUCGUGUUUUUGUUUCCACUUAAAACUUAUAAAAUAAUGACUGAUAAUAAUCGUAUGAGACUCAGAUCAUCAGUUUCUCUGGAAGAAAGAGAAAAAGAAAAAUUACAAAAACAAAAGGAGAAAGAAGAAUUUCGGAAUAGGCCUCCAAUUCAGUUUAAAGGGAAAAAAAUCUACAUAAGAGAGUUUGUCGACUGUGCCCUUGCCUGUGACAAUUUAAUUAAAUUAGCUGAUGAAGCUGCUGAUGUUCUUGUCCUUGGAUUUGAUAUAGAAUGGCCAUUUUCCUUUCAGACCGGUCCUGGAAAAGCGGCCUUAAUUCAAAUAAGUCCCGACCUCAACACAUGCUAUUUGAUUCAAAUAAGUGACCUUAAGAAAAUCCCUAAGGGGUUAACAGUAUUAUUGGCUCAUCCUAAAAUUAGAAUCACAGGAGUCAAUAUUAAAAAUGACAUUAGGAAACUUUCAAGGGAUUUUUCAGGAUUUGACGUUGAGAAAAUAAUAGAAAACUGUGUUGACAGUGGUGUUUUAGCAAACCAAGUAUUGCCUUUUCAGCAAAGAUGGAGCAUGGAGAAGUUAGUCACAUUUUUGCUAAAAAUGACGAUUUGUAAAGACAAUAAAGUAAGGAUGAGUAAGUGGCAUGUCAGUCCUUUAAGUAAGGAACAGCUGGAUUAUGCAGCUACAGACGCUUAUGCCUCUCUAGUGUUGUACAACGAACUCAAAAAGAGGGAAGAACAGAAGGAGAAUAAAUAAAUUUGAUUGUAUCUAGCUUUCAGUAAAUAAAUAUUUUAUUAAUGGGAAA